AUGCCGGCGUACAACCCUUACGCGCCAUACAUCCCCCCUCCGACGAUGCAACAGUCCCAAUCCACACCUAACGAGGGUCAUAAGGUGGUCUGUGCGCAUGCAUCAGAACCGAACGGCCCAGCCACGAGCAUGAAUUCUGGCUUUGGAUGGUCGAUGGGAUCUCCAACCACCUCGUACGCUCCCCUCGUCUCGCCAACGUACAUCGCAACUCGUCCGUCCUCGAUGGGCAAUCCCCCACCUCUCCACCCACAUUCCUGCAUACCACUGCCACCACUAUCCCGCUACGGCACCUCAAUCAACCCACUACUUGAAAGAGGGACGACCCCAUCAAUCAAAUACGACAUCCGCUCGCCGCCGUCGUUCGCGACAAGCCGUCGCCACCUCGUCGACGACGACCGGUGGCGGUAUGAGAGGGCAUCAAACCCGAAUCUAGGGUCUAUAACCAUCCGCACGGCGCUCGUCGGCAAACCCAUCGUUGUGUUCCCAUCCAGGAUCGUCGAUGGGGUCGUCACUGUGCAAGAUGUGCUUCUCGCCGUGCACUACGCGCUGCGAGCUAGUGCCUUGGAUGAUCAUCGACAUCGACGAGCAGAAUUGUGGAGGCAAGGCGCUCCUAGGUCGUAUCGUCCUUCUGAAGAUUACGAGUCCAUUGACGUGGCUGUUGGAUGCUAUGGAUGGGCUGGAUUGACGCAGAGCCCGACGGAGGGCGAUGUUUGGAUUCUGAUGACGACGUGA